AUGAACCCCAGACCCUUACAUCUCGACAUACAAUCUUUGCGCCAACGCACCUUCCACUCUACUGACCCCCCCUCCCCUUCCCUUUCGACCAAUUCGUUCAUGUCUUCUAUGUCUUGGAUGGCCGAAAAGUCCAGCAGAGACUUGGUUCCGAUGCUGAAGAAUGCUUACAGUGCCCUAAAAGAAAAAGAGAGAGAUCUUGUGCUUGCAGCCGAAAUAGGAAAAUCCCUAUUGGAGAAUAACAUUGCACUCAAAUCAAGUUAUGAAACCCUCCUACAGCAGACUCAGCGUCCCAACCCGCUGCCCACUCCGUCUUCAUCUCUUGCCACCCAAACAUCAUGUCACCUCACUCUUGACAAUGGCAGCGAAUCAGGUGACUCUAUCCAAACAGAGGAAGAUGAUCCUUUUUACAACUACAACUACAACUAUCCAAUCCCAUCCCAUUCUACUCGCGAGGCCAUGAUCGAAGUCCUGGAAAAGAAGAACGUCGAGCUCAACCAGGAGCUCGAUCUCUUGCUCAACGAACAGACAAAGCUCGAACGGACCAACAUCAAGCGCACCCGCCAGCUAGAGUCCGAGGUGGCCGUCUUGAGAGGCAAUCUGGAGAUCGCGUCCUCCAAAGUACUCGAAUUGGAAGAAAUGAAUGAGCGCCAGAGGAGAAUUGAGAAGACCAGACAGUACCCAUCGGAGUCAGAGAUGGCAGCACAAGACGAUCAUGUCGAACAGCUGCUGACCAAAGUAGAUGAUCUCCAAUUCGAGAAUGCUAUUGUCAUUCAGUCCAAACAAGAGAUCGAAAAGAAGCUAUCAGAAACCCUCAAGGAUCUCCGGGCCCUCAAGGAGCAGUACGAGACCUACCAGUCGACCGAAAAAGAACACCAGUCGCUGCAGGAAGCCUACAGACGCCAGUUCCAGCACAUCAGCGAGCUCAAUGCCACAGUAGAAGAUCAUCGGCAUGUCCUACAACGUCUUCAGGACAAAGGCAUCCAGAUAAACACAGCAAAAAGCACACCUGCACCAAGCUGCUACGGAGGCGACACUCCUGCAUUCCGCAACACACUUCUUGGAGAACUCGAGUCCGAGUGGUUGAAAUCAAACACGCAUGGUCCACCAGCCCUCAGUCGAUCAGCCUCCACACCCACGCCUCGUUACCACGACUCUUUUGGCGAUGAUGACAACGAUGACGACUCUAACCAUCUACGUGGAACAUACACCCCACGCCCACAAUCGCAUAAGAGCUUCCGCUCAGGCCCAGCCUUUUCGACCCGAGCACAGCCAGGAAUGACAAAUUCUGGAUCUGGGAACAUCAACAAUCAUAACAACCUAUCCUCAUUCUACCAACCCGACCCAGGCUUCUUACUCGAGACUGCUCUUUCCAAGGUCAGCGGAAUCGACCCUUAUUUGCUCGACCAGGCACUCGAGUUUGUGAACCGUAUCGAAGAAGAACAUGAUGCAGAAAAGCAGGCAGCAUUAUAUGAACCUUGUGAUGAUGCCUCAAAUUGCUCCACAUUCCGAGGCUAUCCCUCACCCUCAUUAUCUUAUCCUCUUAUCCACCGAGAAUCUAAAAGUAUGGUACAGCACAAGCCCAAAGGAGGCCGGGUAUCACGCCUUCUUGGAGCCAUUUUUAGAUCUUUGUGGCGCUGGUGUCGCUUUGCAAUCAUCUUGACCACAGCAGUCCUGAUCAGUUUGUGGAGUGGUCCUGAUGGUGUCCUUGAGGAAUAA